AUGGCUCGACUCCAUGGGCUGUUGCCGUGUGAGCAAAAACUUAUUCUCUUUCUGGUUAUACUUCUUUAUCUUUUGACCCCUGUCUACGGCUCGAGCCAUAUCCAUGAAACUCUGCAUCACCAGCACCAAAAGCGGCAAAAUGAAGCGGAACCAUCUGCGACUGCGCCAACCGCCGUGUCUCUGCCUUCUGUCGUCCCAUCAAGCCUGUCUGAAGCUGAGAAACUCAUUCAAAAGGCGCAGCAGGCGCUUUCAGUGAUGAACAAAGGGAGACUGGCAUAUCCUCAAUGGAAUACGUACCAGUUUCAGCCUGACUCACUUGCAUUUCAGCCAGCUCCCACGCUGGAUUAUAACAACGAUGGUCCGGUAGGCGCAGCUGAUAUUAGGUUGAACGCAACGAAGAGAAGCGAUGAAGGUAGCAAGCAGUUCAUGUACACCAUCUCCCCGGAGCUCGCUGAAGCUGCUCGCCUCGUGGCGGAAGCCUCUCCGUUGCCGCUGCCAGGAGAUUAUGGGAUUGACAUAGGAAAAACCAUCGGACAGUACAGAGUCCAAAAGACAAAUGACACUAAUAUUCCCCAACAACAAUACCUCAAGCCAAACGGACUCGACGGAUACGUGUCUGCGGUACCAACAUCAAAGCUAGCGCAAGAGAGAACCGAACUCAGAAAACGGGCCGCGAACGAUUUUUGGCUUACAACAAUGGAGCAGAGGGGUUCUAGUCCAUUUGCACCCGCAGGAUACAAAGUGUGGAGAAAUGUCAAGGACUACGGUGCAAAAGGUGAUGGUGUCACCGAUGAUACUGCGGCUAUCAACAAAGCUAUUUCUGAUGGGGGACGUUGUGGAGCCGAGUGUGGUUCAAGCACAAUUUAUCCAGCCUUUAUCUAUUUUCCCUCUGGCACAUACCUUGUCAGCUCGCCGAUUAUACAGUACUACAACACUGAGUUCUAUGGAAAUCCAUUUGACUACCCCACCAUUCUGGCGGCUUCAAGUUUCGUUGGCCUUGGUGUUAUAACCUCGGAUGUCUAUACAGGGGACAACAUCCAGUGGUACCUGAACACCAACAAUUUCUUGAGAUCUAUCCGCAAUUUCAAGAUGGACAUUACUCGGACGAGUCCACUUGCAUACGUCUGUGCAAUCCAUUGGCAGGUCGCGCAGGGAACAUCGCUUGAGAAUAUCAUAUUCUAUAUGAUGCAGGACAACGUCACGACUCAGCAGGGUAUCUACAUGGAGAAUGGCAGCGGUGGCUUUCUCACAAACCUCACCUUCGUCGGAGGUAAUUUUGGGGCAUAUUUCGGUAACCAACAGUUUACUACAUCGCAUCUUUCAUUUAUGAAUUGCAAAACCGCCUUGCAAAUCCACUGGGACUGGGCUUGGACCAUGCAGGAUGUGGUGAUCACUAACUGCACUAAUGGCAUCGUCAUCGUUGGUGGAGCUGGUGGUCCUCAAAGCACAGGACAGUCGGUGGGAUCAUUAAUCAUCCUUGACGCAGUCAUAGCGUUCACAAAGACUGGGAUCGUCACAUCUCUCUUUGCGGAAAAUUCGACUUCCUUCCUCCUCCAGAAUGCGGCUUUUAUUUCUGUGGACACUGCUAUCCUGGAUAACGUCAAGAGUAAAACCUUACUGUCUGGUGGCCCUUAUGUAGCAGUGGAAUCGUGGGGAUUUGGGCAAGUCACAUCACGCACCACCAGUGCCUUUAUGAAUGGCCAGAACAUUCCUGCGAUGAAUCGAAGCAGCGCUCUAACUCGUGACGGGCUUGUGGUCCCGAGCUUCUUUCAGCGGCGUCGACCAACCUACAGGGACAUUGGCAUGAGCCAGAUCAUCGAUGUAAAAGCCUGGGGAGCUGCUGGGGAUGGCAAAUCAGAUGAUACUGCGGUGCUGAACAGUAUCUUGGAUAGGGCUGCGAACAUGUCAUCCAUUGUCUUCUUCCCAUUUGGAGUCUAUGUCAUCAAGGACACUCUCCGUAUACCCCUUGGCUCUCGAAUAAUUGGCCAAGCAUGGUCUCAGAUCAUGGCUACUGGUCCAAAAUUUCAAGACGAGCAGAACCCUCGGGUUGCAGUCCAGGUCGGUCGCAGUGGUGAUGUCGGAAUCAUUGAGAUCCAAAGCCUGAUGUUCACUGUAUCUGGGCCCACGGCAGGUGCUGUUCUGCUUGAGUGGAAUGUUCAUGAAUCGUCCCAAGGUUCUGCAGGAAUGUGGGACUCACAUUUCCGGGUUGGAGGCGCCAUUGGAUCCGAUUUGCAAGCGAGCAACUGUCCGAAGAAAAGGGGUACAGUUAAUGAGAAAUCCUAUCUAGAGAAUAUCUGGGUGUGGGCUGCAGAUCAUGACUUAGAUAUUACUAGUCAGGAGCAGAUUGACGUCUAUGCCGCACGGGGCAUUUUGGUUGAAAGUCAAGGCCCUACUUGGAUGUAUGGAACCGCUUCAGAGCAUCAUGUCCUCUACCAGUACCAAAUCUCCGAGGCUAAGGAUCUCUUCUUGAGCAUGAUCCAGACAGAAUCGCCAUAUUUCCAGCCUUCGCCAAAAGCCCCGACGCCCUUCACCGCCGGCCUGUUCCCCAGUGAUCCUACCUUCUCAUCAUGCGAUGCUCAUUCUCAAACAUGUGCUGUUUCCUGGGCUCUACGUAUUCUUGAUUCUAGCUCAAUCUACGUGAUGGGAGCAGGUCUCUAUAGUUGGUUUUCUGACUAUACGCAAGAUUGUUUAGUAACCGCCAACUGUCAGCAGCGGGGCGUUGAGAUCUCCCAGAGCACCGACACCUGGAUUUAUAAUCUGGUCACCAAGGGCAUCGUGGAGAUGGUGAGUCCUGUGAAUGAGAAUGCCACCCUCUCCGCGGCCAACGUCAAUGGUUUCAUGUCCUCGAUACUGGCAUGGAUUCGCGAGGGCAACAGCAUAAUUGGUAAAAGGAAGUUCCCUGGAUUUCAGCUCUACGAGCCUGAAUGGCUCGUGGGUCUGAAUCUUACCGAAACUUGCAAGACUGCGCUCACCCAAAAGAUCAUUUGCCAUAGCUAUCUCGAAAAGUUUCGAUCGCCUGUAGUUGGCCAGUACAUUGAGAAUAGUACUCUUGCGAACGAAGUCUGCGACAAGGGAUGUGGUCAGAGUCUCAAGAGCUGGUUCGAUAAUGUGUCCACUACCUGCGCAAGCCAGUAUAUCAACAAAGCAGUGGCGACGGAGCUGGGCGGGUAUAUGUACGCUGGAUAUAAUCUGACGUGUCUGAAGGAUCCGGCCACAGGCAGAUACUGUCCCGACAUUAUCAGUCAUUUCACUGUGGUCAAUAACGUUGCCUCGAUGACCCUAUUUGAAAUGUGUUCUUUCUGCUUUACAACUAUGUUACAGAUGAGACAGGCCAGUGCUUACUCACCGUACAGUGAGAAAGAUCGAUUUGAUCUAGAACAGUGGGUUAAGCCGACCUGUGGUCUCAAAGGGUCGACAAAUCUGCACGACUCACUCUUCCUAGAAGAACCAGCCCCCACGCCCAUCUGUCUGUCGAAUCUCACCUACACGGUCCAGCGCGGAGACACAUGCGAUUCCAUUGCCUUGAAAUACCAAGUGGCAUCUGCCGCCAUCCAAAUCGGCAACCCCACGCUGGUCUACAACUGCUCAGAGCUUGUGGCCGGCCGCGAGCUAUGCAUGCCGCUGAACUGUGGCCAUCAAUACAUGCUGCAGAACAACGACACCUGCUAUUCGAUUGAACGCGCACAGUCUCUCUGGUACGGCGACGUCAGGAAGUACAAUCCCUGGGUCAACUCCGAAUGCAGCAACCUCCAAUCCACGCGCGAGGUCCACGGCAGCAUUAUCUGUCUUUCGCCGCAGGGGGGGCUGUUCAAUGACACUGGAAGCCAUCCAAACCUAGGCGCCACGUCUCCCUGGUCAAACACAGGCUACACCCAAUCCACUCAGUACCCGCCCGAUGGCUUCCCCGUUGCCAAGGGCACGACACUGUUCUGUGGUCGGUGGCAUACAGUCGUGAGGGGGGAUACCUGCCGGAGUAUCUGCAUCGCAGACGGGAUUCCCUCAACUUUAUUCAUGGAUGUCAAUCCAUCAUUGUCCAGGAUUGAUUGCGACGGAUCUCUGAUAGAGGGAACCACUUAUUGCACGGGCCCAGACACUCACUGGGAUGAUACGGAUUUCUGGGAUGAGGAUGACUACAUUAUCUUGGAUUGA